UGUUUUUUUUAAUGUGUUUGCAAAGACUUUGGAUUGACAUGAUAGCUAACGUUUACUAUAAUUUGUUCAACUGUUUCAAUCUCGAGCAGUGAGUGUAGACUGAAAAGCGAAAAUCAAAAUAACGUACUUUGAGUUGGUAAAUUCAAGAAGUGUUGAUAUUAUGUUUAUAUUUUUAACAUUAUUUUGAACGAAUACAAGACUCAUUUAUGAAUAUCGAAACUCAGAUAUUCAUAUACUCAUUGUUGUAUUAUUAAUUUAUUAUUUGCGUACUCAUUUCAAAUUUAAGUAUUUAUUAUUUUCUGCCGCGAGGAUAGAGGAAAGAAAGCGCUGACUUUUUCCAUCUUCGAUAUUUCCCGCGCGUGUCUUAUCUGCGUUCGAUGUAUUUUGCACGACUAUUUGAAAGUCCAGGGCAAGUCUCGGGUACUUUGGCUAUGUGUAUUUUUGCAUUCAACGUUCGCGAGCGGAGCAGCUCGAGUUAAUAGUCGUUUUUUUUCUCUCUCUCUCUCGACUGAUUAAUUGUCAGCGAGCGGGACGAGCGGUUUACUACCUGUAAAUUCAGGACGAGCAGCGAGCUUUCAACGACGAUACAUAUACGUACCUUAAUACUUAAAAUUGAAUCUCGGGCGUGUAUAUUUACGCAAUUUUGCAGCACUUAAAAAAUGUCAAGUUUUCGUCGUCGUUUCCAUUUCGCAUGGCUUUGUCGCAGACUAUCCUGCAGAAUAAAGAUAACCAAGUUGGAAUUGUUUCAGAUGAAUAAUUGAAAUUCGUGAAUGCGCCUAUAGCUGACGCAAACUCCUCGUGUUUAGUAUCUGAAUUAUCAAGUUUUCGAGGGGUAUAAAGAGCGUCUCUCGCUGCGCCGAGGAAUUGGCCCGUGAAACUUUGAAGGAAAAGAUGAAAAGUUGCGCGAGCAACUUAAUCGACGACUCUCCUCCAAGGAUGACGGAUUCAGCCCGAGACUGCAGCUUUUGACUGAAUUUUUUCUGUCGCCCAAUUUACAACGGAAUUUCUUCAAUUCAGUGUAAAUAGCGGAAUGUGCACCUCAAACUUUGCAGUAUUGGCAGUAUUCUCGUUCUUUCUUCGAGUUUCGCGUGUACCGUCACUGCUUCGAUAAACAGCUCGAAAGAGAGUCCAAAGUCAACGGACUCGAAAGAAAUGGCAAAAUAUGUUGAAAACCGAAUUGUCAACGGCCGGACGUGCCGAGAGCCUUUCAUAGUUGAGCUUUGCCGCUGGAGAUGCAGACUUUUCCCCAAGUAUACUCGGCGCUUUGCACUCGUGACACGUUCGAUAUAGCGAACAUAUGAGAAUAUCACGAGAACAAUAAAGACAUUUUAUUGGGUGAAAAUUUCGAAGGAGGAAAAGCAAGUGGUUGUGGCGCGGCGUCACGCCUGUUGAUUUAUGCGCGCACGAAACGAGAUAAUUCUCGUAAUACGUGAGCGCGAUCGUAUACAUGGAUGUAGCGAAUUUUGUAAUUCAAUCAAUUGUGCGCGUGCAGACGCACACGACCGAUCUCGCUUCGUAUCAUAUAAUAAUGCGAAACAGCUCGGGUAGGUACGCAGUAAUGUCCGACGCUCGGAAUUCAUUAUACAUUCGACAGAUUAUUCCACGCACAAGUAUGACUCAAGUUUCUGCCGCAUAUGCAUAUAAUUCAUGCGCGCUAUAACGAAAAGCUUAAACAAACACGAGAUGUGCAUAUUAUUCGGAAAACGAAUACUCUGCAGAGAUCGAUUUUUUCUCUUUUUUUUUUUUUGCUCCACUGCAUUAUCGAGGCUAGAAAACGCGCUUCGGGAUUUUCCCGCGCAGCUCGUCGUGUCAGCAGCUCAGCAUGUUCCCUCGGACAACACCAUAGUUAACGUGAAAAAGAAGAUCCGCGACAAUGUGUACAACUUUUACGAGGACGGCUUCGCCCUCCGAGAGAGUGAGUGCGAACAUAUCUUUGGUGUAUUUUUUCCUUGCCGCUGUUUGUGUUUUUUUGGGUAGAUCGGUCAAACGACAUGAAUGCAGUCAGCGUCGCUUCAGUAACAAUUAGAAAGUGUAAAUCCAGUGAAGUAGGCCGGGCUUAUGCCAAGCCAUGUGCUACUGUUAUUACUGCUAGCAUACGUUAUACACCCACGAGGGUCUCCCACUACGCUGGAUUUAAGAUCUUCACUAGUUAAUGAUACAACCACGUGCUCGCACUCUCUCGAUAUAGAUCGUAGAGAAUAGUCAGUGCACCUUACGACGCCGCAGCGUGAGCAACGAAGAGAGAUUACAUCAACUACCGCAAGUGACUCUCGAAAAGUGAAUAAACUUUGAAUAAUUACAAGCUAAACUGUAUUUCCGUGCAAGUGUGUAAAAAUAUGGCCAGCGACGAUUUCAAUCAAUUUUUAAUUGCUUUUUCUCAUUUCGAUUGCUUUCAUGAAAAUAUCGAUUCACAGAUGAAUCAAAAAAUACUAAAACAAUUGAAGGUCUAUCGAGAAAAUCACAAUUGGGAGAAUAAAGAAAUGCAUGACUCAAUUUACGAAACAUUUUGUAAAUAUUUUAUAUAUUAUACCAUAAAUAGGAAUGUUGGACUUCCAGACCUCCAAGAGAUUUUUCAUCGAGAAGAAAUUGAUUGUUUACUCAUGAAGGCCACGGAAUACAACUACACCACCUUGGUCAGGUUUGUUAUUAGGACAGGAUACAAAGACGAGCCUGAGCUCGAUGAAGACGGCAAGCCAUUGGCAUCUCGCACCACACCAGUAAAUGUUAGUUUAAGAUUCAAGACUCAUAAUCGGGAUAUCCUGAUCCGUGAUCUUUUUAGAAUAUACAACAGAUUUGAUGUGAAUUACACCGACGAAUCUGGAGUAUCACACUUUCACGUGGCCUGCAUGGCUGGCUGUCUCUACGUCGUCAAACAAUUAUUCAAGUUAGUGCGGGAUCCCAAUUUCCCCGUGCAAGAAACAGGCGAUUCCCCGCUGCAUUUGGCCCUGCGCUACUACCAGAAGAAGGUGGCCGAAUGGCUGCUGAGAAAAGGCGCCAGUCCUACUUUAGUGAAUUCAAAGGGGUUGACUCCCCUGCACGUGAUUUGUGGGAGAAUCGAUGACGUCGAUUUGGCGGAGAUGUUAUUCAAGUUCGCCAACGACAAACAUCAGCCGAUAAAUAUCAAUGCUCAGGACAAGUUUGGGGACACACCAUUGCACUUGGCUCUGAGGAGAGGACGCGACAAGGUUGCCGAGUGGUUGCUGAGAAAAGGUGCAGAUCCGAAUGUGGCCAACGUUCAAGGAUUGACUCCUCUUCAUGUGAUUUGUAAGAGAAACAAGGAUGACGGCUUGCUGGAGAAAUUCUUUAAGACAAACAACGAAAAACAUAAAAUGUUGCAGGUCGACGCUUUAGACAAGUUGGGCCGGACACCUCUUCAAUGGGCCGUGACAAGAUUCUUGCCGGGUGCGGUCGAGAGUUUGAUGAAUAAUGGUGCUGAUAUAUCUUGCUUCGUUUUUCCAACUGAGAGUCACUUCGAUGAGGGAUUAACAAAGGAGGAGACUGAAGGGUGGUACAGUUUGAAACUGACAGUAGCUUCGGGUUCUUUGGCCGUUGUCGAAUGUCUGGAGAAUGGAGGAUAUGAGCUGACCCGAAGCGACGCCUUGACCAUUAUGAAAUUAUUCGCCAAGUAUGGAUUGUUCAAUGAGUUGUCGUAUGUUUUUCAAGAUUCGCCUAACGACGAAGACUACUUAAGUAUGGCAAAAAGAACGAUGGUAAUUCCGAGUCUGUCACUCUACGACCUGACUCGGUUACGUCCCAAAGAUGCGUCAAAAUUACUCACAUAUCAGGACUACUUGGAUUUGUCACGUACAAGAUACUUACAGAAAUUCUGUAGGUAUCAUGAGGAUUUUCAACUACAUUUGUGUGAGAAACUGUCGAGAGGAUUUUUCCGAGUCUGGGCACUGGAAUGUUUUAUGGAGCUGACGCAAUGUCGAAUGCCAAUUGAGUGCUGUGAAAUGAUCAUCGAUGAAUCAUUCCCGAACAAAGACUCAUACGAUAUUUGCUUGGCAGCAACAGGACAAAGUUUGUGAUAGCGAUCAGCGCAAGUUAUUUUUAAUGCCUAUUCGCGGUGUGCACGUGGAUGACGGGGAUACCAGUGCUAGCAUCGAUUUUAACGUGUGCUCUUAUGAAAAUGACUUCCAUGUAUGCCAGCGGCGCUCACCGAACUAAAUUUCUCCUCAUAAGAAAUAACUUGGGAAAUGCUUCCAAAGUGCAAUUAUUUUAAUGUUACAUAAUUUUACAUAUUAUUUAAAUAAAUAAAUUUUAAUAAGUCAAACGUAUUUAUUCAUACAUUGGUUAAAAAAAACAUGAUUGGAAAUGCAUACACAAGUGGACGAAGCA